AUGGCGAUGCCACGGUCGAUGAUCAACACGUGGCUGUCUCUUACCGACGAGAAGGAAAAUCAUCCAGAACAGCCUACCUCUUGCCCAUCUCCGCCGCUGUCAUCUCUACGAAAGCCGACGAAGCGAGAGGCUUUUGCCUCGAUCGACCCCAACAUGUCCGAACCCCCCGCGGGGCGACAGAGAAGCAAAGGGAAUGGUCGCUAUGAUGUCCCGCAUCGUCAUCCUCCGCACGAUACCUCCAUGUCCCUCGCCGAACGCGAAGCCCUCGCCGAUGCCGAAGCCCAAGCCGAAGCGGAGCGCACGCCUAGGCCGACGACGCGAAGCCGCCGAGUACUACCAGAAUCAGCAAUAAGUGGAGGUGGAGGAGAGGCGAGUCAGGAAGAAAUCCCUCGCCGCCGGACAACGAGGACAUCGAGGCGGCCGAGCAAGCACGAAGAACAACAGCAGGGACAGGAGCAAACGCCAGAACCAGAACCAGAACCCCCGAGCUCGAGUUCGAGGUCUGCAAACAGAGUCUGGGCCGACGCGCUGUCUUCCAGGGUGUCUCUGCCUCUGCCUCCGGGCUCGGGUGCGGGUGCAGGUCGCGGCGAUGUCUUCUCGUCGCCCUCGCGAUCCUCGGCCUCGAUAAGGACCACGUCGAUUGCCAGGUCGACUGGCAGGGCUAGAAGUCCCGUCAAGUCCAUGACUGAUCUGCGUUUGUCUCUGAAACCGCCGCAGAUACUCUCGUUUGAUCUCGGCCCGCCCGAUGAUGUCGAGGAACUCUACCAGAAACUCGUCCAGAUCAACGACGGCGAGAGGCUGGUACCGGCUGCUGCCAAGAUACGGUUCGAUCGUCCCAAACGGCCUGUCAAGGAGUGGCAGAUCGACAACAGCCCCGUCACAGAGGCGAUCAUUGUAUUGGUCUAG